AUGGCAGCCACGUCAGUCGCCUCGAAGAGACUGUUCAGUGAAUACAAAGCUCUUCUCACCUCACCACCAGACGGCAUAACCGCGGGUCCGGUCACCGAGGAUGACAUGUUCGUGUGGGAAGCGCUCAUUCAAGGUCCAGAAGGCACACCAUAUGAAGGAGGCAUCUUUCCAGCAGAACUGAAGUUCCCAAAGGAUUAUCCACUCAAUCCGCCGAAGAUGAAGUUCCUCGUCUAUGCGAACGGUGAGGUCUGUAUCAGUAUCUUACAUCCACCUGGUGACGACCCGAACCACUACGAAAGUGCAGCAGAGCGAUGGAGUCCGAUACAGAGUGUGGAAAAGAUUCUGAUAUCGGUCAUGAGCAUGCUUGCUGAGCCAAACGACGAGAGUCCUGCAAACGUGGAAGCUGCGAAGAUGUGGAGAGAAAGAAGGCUUGACUUUAACAAGAGAGUAAGAGAAAGUGUGAGGAGGAGUCUAGGACUGUGA